AUGAGCCAGUCAUCGAUACCAUUGAUAACUGCCGAAGAAGUCAGUCUCGAUGAUUAUCCAUCGGAAGGAAUCAACAAGCCUCAACGAAUGUACCUUCUUGUUCUUGCAUACGGUAUGAAUGCUUUCCAGCAUCAGUUUUCUAUGCUCUACGGGACCGAUUUCACAAAGCCAGAAUACCUACAGCAUCCGAGGAUAUACUUUAAUCACUGCGAAUUGCGUAACGGUGGAGACUUGACCAAAGAUAUGGUAGUAACUCUAGACUGCCCUAAGCGUAUCCUUGAUAAGUUCACAGCGGAGCAUGACUUACCAGUGGCAGACUUGAAUCCCAAUGAAAGUGUUUACGCAAAAAAGAUUUUGGUUGAGGCAAGUGGCUUGAUGAAAAGAUACAGAAAUACCAUAGACUUUCAGCGAGGUAUGAUCAAGUCCUUGAGCAAGACAGAUAUUCUCACACGGGUUAGAGUAUUGAAAGAUCAGUACCUAAUCAAUUUUUUGAAACGUUUGCAAGAUAAUUGUCCAGUGUCAUGGAAGAGGGAUCUAGACAACAUAUACGGUUUAGGUGAACUUGUAGAUGACGUUGGGGCUGUCACUUCACAAUUUGACGACGACUAUGGAACCCAGCAAAUUGAUACACAGGCAGGUUAUCACACUCGAACAAAUUUCCGUCUUCUUAACGAGCAGCCUAUAAGACGUGAUGAUGAUAUCUCUAAGUACCCGGAUGUAGUUCAACAGUUGUCCAAAGAGAUCAUCAAAAAGGAAGAGUCUGUAAUCUUCUCUGACUCUAAUGAAGUCUCUCCCACAUCAAACCGGUCCACCAGUGUCUCCGUAGGAAAUGUGCCUGCUCACAAUAAUAGCUUGACCAUAAACCACUCUGUGGGAAGUAGCAAUGCACUUGAUGGAGUGAUCCCUGAAACCCAAAAUCUCAACUACGACGAGGAAAUCAAGCUAGUAUCUUCACCUGUUUCUCCAGAGCCUGAUUCAAACAACUACAAAGAAGUAGCGGUUUGCGGUUUUUCGCCCAACGGUUUUGAGACACUGCUUGUUAAGAACAUCUACACAGCCAAGUAUGAGAUACUCGAUACGUUUGAACUGUAUCUAAAACUCGAGGCAGACGAUAAAAUUAUUUACACUUUGACUUUCAAAAAUUCUGAGGACAUAUACAGACUUGUAUUUCCAAACGCCCAAAAUUCAUCACAACUCACUUCCGAUGAUGAAGAUUAUGUCAGAGAGACAGUUGCCAACAGAUUCGCCCCCAAUUCCGUAAUAAAGUUGCCGUUCGACAUCUAUCUGCAAUAUAGAAGAGGGGCCCAUGAAGCCGUUGCUCCCUCCUUUGCAGAGUCCGCGCCAGGAUAUAUUCUCUACAAAUGA